CUGGGCUGCAGGGAUGACAUCAUGGGCUCAGGAACAGCAAGGAGCCAGUGAAGCAUCCAAGCUGCCGAACAGCCAAGGGUUGGGGUCAAGAGCCGGUCUGCAAACAGAAUGGCAAGUGUGCAGAUGGACUGUCGUUAGGGUUUUACAACUGGCAACAAUCGGUCAGAACCUUGGGACCAAAAGAAACAGGAAAAUAAUGACCAGAUGUCAUUCAGGAUACGCUCCAGUUCCUUGCGAUCCCACAGUAGGUUAAGCAGGAUACUGUGAGUGCCACUAAAGAUGUCUGAUAGUGUCGAUAUUGAAGAGAAGCCGCCGGCCCCUCCCUUGAGAAUGAACAGUAAUAAUCGAGACUCUUCCGCAUCCAAUCACAGCACCAAGCCUCUUCCAAUGGCACCUGAAGAGAAAAAUAAGAAAGCCAGACUCCGCUCCAUUUUCCCAGGAGGUGGUGACAAAACAAACAAGAAAAAAGAAAAAGAGCGCCCUGAGAUUUCCCUUCCUUCUGAUUUUGAGCACACUAUUCACGUGGGAUUUGAUGCAGUGACUGGAGAGUUCACGGGGAUUCCAGAACAGUGGGCCAGAUUACUUCAAACAUCCAACAUCACAAAACUGGAACAGAAGAAGAACCCCCAAGCUGUGCUUGAUGUCCUCAAGUUCUACGAUUCCAAAGAGACUGUGAAUAAUCAGAAAUACAUGAGCUUUACCUCUGGAGAUAAGUCAGCUCAUGGUUAUAUAGCGUCCAAUGCUCUGGGAACAAAAACAGCAUCUGAGCCCCCCCUGGCUCCUCCAGUGUCAGAAGAAGAAGAUGAUGAUGAGGAUGAUGAUGAAGAAGAAGAAGAUGAUGAUGAUAAUGAGCCACCACCCAUUAUCGCCCCACGCCCUGAGCACACCAAAUCGAUAUACACCCGCUCCAUUGUUGAACCUGCCACCCCACCUGCACCCGUGAAAGAGGUCACAACUUCGCCAGUGUCUUCAGUGCCCCAGAACACGAGCACGAUGAGCAGUUUAUAUAGGCACACUGACAGACAACGGAAAAAGUCCAAGAUGACAGAUGAAGAAAUCCUAGAGCGAUUGCGAAGCAUAGUGAGCGUUGGUGACCCCAAAAAGAAAUACACACGCUUUGAAAAGAUUGGGCAAGGAGCAUCAGGAACUGUUUACACUGCAAUAGAUAUCGCCACCGGACAAGAGGUGGCUAUAAAACAGAUGAACCUCCAACAACAGCCGAAGAAAGAGUUGAUAAUUAAUGAAAUUCUUGUGAUGAGGGAAAAUAAAAACCCAAACAUCGUCAACUAUUUAGACAGCUACCUGGUUGGAGACGAGCUUUGGGUAGUUAUGGAGUACCUAGCAGGGGGCUCACUCACUGAUGUGGUAACGGAGACAUGCAUGGACGAAGGACAGAUUGCAGCAGUUUGCAGAGAGUGUCUUCAAGCCUUGGACUUUCUGCACUCCAACCAAGUGAUCCAUCGAGACAUCAAAAGUGACAACAUACUCCUCGGAAUGGAUGGAUCGGUGAAAUUAACUGACUUUGGCUUUUGUGCCCAAAUUACUCCUGAACAGAGUAAGCGCAGCACUAUGGUGGGCACACCAUAUUGGAUGGCCCCUGAAGUGGUUACCCGAAAGGCUUAUGGACCAAAGGUUGAUGUGUGGUCUUUAGGUAUCAUGGCAAUAGAAAUGAUUGAAGGAGAGCCUCCUUAUCUUAAUGAAAAUCCACUCAGGGCCUUGUAUCUAAUAGCUACUAAUGGGACGCCAGAGCUGCAGAACCCAGAAAGACUAUCAGCAGUUUUUCGAGAUUUUUUAAACCGCUGUUUGGAAAUGGAUGUAGACAGAAGAGGCGCUGCUAAAGAACUAUUACAGCAUCCAUUCUUGAAGUUAGCCAAGCCCCUCUCCAGCCUGACACCUCUGAUUAUCGCUGCAAAGGAAGCCAUAAAAAACAGCAGUCGCUAACAAGAAACAAAAUAAGAAAGAAAUUUUGACCGGACAGAAAAACACUCAGCCUUAUGGCAGAACCCUGAUGUUGUCAAUGUCAUGGGAGUGAAAGACAACUGGACAACAUAAAGAGAACACAAUCGGAGCACUGCCUUGUCCACUCUUCUGUUAAUAGAACAUCACGUAUGGAACUUCUCACUUCCCUGAGAGUCAAUUGAGUUGGAUGAACCAAAUGGUUCCUAAAGUCUUCUCUUGAACGUUUAUUUUGAGAAAGGAAAGAGGGGAAAUCCCCUUUAUUACAGCCAUUCACUUGCCGAAACUUUUCUCCAAGAACUUGAGGUGUCCUUUGAUCUUGUGAUGUGGAUGCAGAUGAUGGCGGCCUUGGUUUACUUCCUACUCCCAAAGUUCUGUUUGUCCAGAUGUUUUGCCUUUAUGGAACAUGAAUGAAUUAACUUGCCUUCUUUUUCUGGUGCAUUGUAGCAGCUGCGGCCGAAUGGUGAACGUGACGCUCUUGAUGAGUGAUUGUCAUGUCUCGCGUUACAUAAUGUGGUGACUUCUGUAAAAGUUAUGUUUGCUGUCUCCGAAGUCACUUUUCUUAUCGCUGUGAUAUAUUUUUUCUUGCUGAAGCUGACCUCAGUUAGUCACAUGGCCUAGAAGUGCUCCAUAAGAAACUGAAAAUUUGUUCCCCAAGUGCGAGACUACCCAGAGUGAUUGGUUUACAUUUAUGAAAUUGGACGUCAUAAAUGGCAGGGUUCCCUGGGCUCAUAUUCACUGAAUGAUAAUGAUGCCAGUGUGACGUAAGGAGACAUCAUCCAUUCUUCGUAGAUCUGGCCACCAUUGCAAAAUGUAGGUGGGAGCUCAAAUCAGCCAUCUAGUAGCAGGAGUCAGCCUUUUGGGGAAUGGAGUGUGACUUCUUCCUGUACAUAGAAAGCAGAUAUAAUACAAGGAAAACUUUUAUAGAUAUUAGGGAAAAUGUGUGGUGUUGGGACCGCAAGGGAAGAAGUGAUGUUUCGAGCAUGGCAAAUAUUUGCUGUUCUUCGGCAGAUAAUGAGGCUCUUAGUCUACGUUGUUUUUCCAUGAACCAGCAACUAUAUAUUCAUCUCUCACGUCUGAAAUGUCAUAUCCCCUGAUAAUUUUCUUUGCUUUUUUUCUGGGAAGCUCCCUUAAUCUUUUGUUUGCUUGAAGAAAGUUUUGUAAUAUUUACAUUGAUUGCCUAAGGAUUCUAGGGAUCUGGUCUGUUCAACAAUUAAGAAAUUGAAAAUGUGUAAAGUUUUAAUGGCAUAAAAAAUUAAAGCCUCUGUGACUCUGUUACAUGUUUAGAGGUUUUGCUGUGAUGAUACCCACAGCGUAAGAAAGUCACAUUUUUUAAAAGCUUAUGGUUUGUGUUAUAAUGUGAGUUUUACUUAAUUCAUGUUCAUGUAGGAUCCAUAAUAAUUUGGCAUUCCGUGUGGCGCUCUGGUGCUGACCAUUUGUAUUCUCUACUCCAUCCUUAGUUUGGAUUUAUAAGUGAAUUAUGUUAUGAUGUUAGGAUGAACAUUCAGAGUGAGCAUAAAAAGUGGCAGUGGCCCCAAUUCUCAGCAAUCAAUUAUCCUAAUUAGGUCAUUAAAAGCGCAGAAUUUGGUAGGCACUUUUGAUUCAUAGGAAGGCGGCGAACCAACCCCUCUGCACACAAAACGUCUGUCUUCUACCGCACUGAGCUGUUGUGAUAAUGGUGGCAACUUGCUUGCUCAAUGUUUGAAAUAUUAUGGAAUUGUGCCAAGGUAAUCUGUAAUUAAGCAAAUUUUUAUUUUCUGAUUGCAGCCUUUUUUGAAAUCUGAAAUGAUGUUCUAAGAUAUCACGGGGCACUUUGUUAUAACAUUUCUAAUGGUGUGGGGUGGGUGGGAGAUUGUAGCCUAAUUAGUCUGAAUAGAUUUCCUAACAAACAAAAUGGUAUGGAAGCACUCAUUUUUAAUAUUCAUCUUUUAUUUCAUGUUUACAGAGAAAGUAAUUUUUUUUGAAAUUGCAGUUUACGGAGUGGCAACUAUGAUCUUCAGAAAUUUCACUUAAAAAAGAAACACUCCCCCUUCUUGUGCUUUAAUUAAAUGUAUUUGUAUGUGUAGAGAUUAAUACGGUUUGAUUCUGUUUGAGCAAGCAAAUCUAUGAAGAGAAUAGCCUGGUAAAAAUACCACGCAAAAUAAAAGUAACCUUAUUUGUUGGGUGUUAGUUGAUGGCAAAUAGAAAAGUAAUAGUAGACCUGAUCAUAGUUAUUUUCAAAUUAGGUGCCUAGAAUGUCAGGAAAAGGUGAAUUUUAGAUUCAGUCAAGAAAUCUUCUCACCCGUAUCACUGUACUGUCUCUCAGAAGUGUAAUUUAUUUAAUCUCAUAGGAUACAACAAAUCAUGAAAAGCAAAAAACAAACAGAAUAAUGAAGAGUUCAUUUAAACUUGAAAUCCAAUUCAGCCUACAUUUUGUUUUUUUAACUGAGCUCAUGUUAAUUCCUUUAUCUCUAUGCUCUUUGAAAAGCCUGAAAAUAUUAGUCUUUGAACCAUCUACUAGCAAAUAAUGUCUGCCAAAUUUGCCAGUAAACAUUACUUUUAUACGAAUGUCCUGUACCUUAUAUCAUGAGGCAUUUCCUAUGAUAUCUUUUGCCCUCCUAGGUGCCACUGAACACAAAUCCAGCACCUCUUAUUUUUAUAUGAUGACCAAAACACCAGAGCUUACAUUGUGAUGCAAAGCUGCAAGGGGCAAAGUAUUUAGCAGCAUUUCAUAAAUCAUCUAACCAUCUGCUCAUUGAACCUGCUUAGUCUCAUUUCGGGGUCCUGGGGAUCCAGAGCCCAACCGUCAGCAUUGAGCAGUUCGUUUCUCAAUCGUUUAUUUAGAUAGAACCUCAGCACUAUUCCUGAUGGAGCAGUAACGGAGAUCAUUACUGUUACCGAGGUGUGAGUCCAUGGGGCAGGACAUUUAUGUCCUAACAUUAUCUGAGUAUCUGUAUUGAAAAAGAGACAUAAGUGGUGUUAAUCAAGAACACAGAGACACAGUUAGAAAUUUAGUACGGGUAAAUUUUACACAAAUAUUAGGAUGUUUUUCUUCACACAGAGAACCACAGACAAAUGGAAAUUAUCGUGGUAGACAGUAGGGACUUUAGGGACCUUCAAAAUAUCUAAAACUAGACAUGAUGUAUUUUGGAGAAGUUAAGAAUAUAGGGCUGCCGAGCUUUGUUGUGUUGAAUGGCCUGUUCUUGUCCAGAUUGUUUUAAUGUUCUAAUGUUAAAAUGCAUUUCCCUACCCUUUCUUCAUUAGGUGGUAUCACGCUAGCUAAGAAUGUCCUUUCACACUUCAUCCUCAUUGUUCUAACUAGAAACCUUUGAUUAACCCUUUUCAGUUGGUUGACAUGACACGUGUCUAGUGAUGGAAAAAAUGAUUUGUGCAAAACUGAAUUUGCAAUGAAACUCAGUGUUUCAUUUCUCAAACACAAUCUACAAAAUAAAUUGUGAUUUGUUUGCAGCACAAUUCUUAGCAAGUUCAAUUUGGUUUAACAGUUAAAAAAUCCACAGGAUUCCAUUCCCUAAGUAACCAUUCUCUUUGUUUCAAGUAAUGUCCUGACACCUUCAUUUUGUAAGUUAAUUAGAGUUUGUCUUGAGACUCAACAUUUGGUCUAUGGGUGAAAAUGAAGGAACUGUUACCAUCUGCGAUACCUCAGGGGUUUGGUUCAGGGAAUGUACCUCACCAGUGCCCUGUAGAUGUUCCCUAUGCACACGCAUGUGACAAAUAUAUGUAUAUACAUAUUGUAUAUACUGUAUAUAUAUUAUGUAGUGUAUUAAGGGUGAUAGAUGUGGCAUUAUCUUUAGCAUUCUUCUGUUACUCCUCAGAUGCCUACAUUUGGUUCAGGCUUAAAUGAACUCUUUACUAUCAAUUAUGCAGGACCACCACAUGAUCCAAAUGCACAAACAUUUAGAUUUGCUCUAAGACCUGAGCAAGUGACCUUGGGUCACUUGUGCACUUUUCUCUGAAUCUACUGAUUCAGUUUUGCUGGGAAGAUGUUCUUCACAUUUAUAAAUCCAGCACACUUAAUGGAUUUGUUGCCUUUUGAGUUUGAGUGCAUCUGCUUGAUUGAAGAACCCUUAUUCUGUUUUCUUCCUUUUGAGUGAAACUGAAAGAAUACCUCAUGUCUAUCAGGCGUCACUUGUCUGCUGGAUUAAGGCUGUCUUUAUCUUACCGUAUGUUUCAAGUUGGUUUACACUUGUGAAAAGCUCCUUGUUCUGUGUUAUUUUUGGUGAAAGGAAGCUCAAUUUAGUAAAUUAGAUGUGGACGCCACUAGGCACAGCUGCAUGACAUGAAGUGCAGUCCACAGGGAGAGUGUAAGCCAAGACUUAAGGAUCAGUAACUUAUAAAGUGAGCACUAUAAAAGAAGAGGGCCUGAGAUUUCCAUCUACUGAGUGUGAAAGUGGUGCAUGUGAGAUAUUGGCGGCUUAUUUUUGGUUCUUGGAAUGUCCGUGAAGUUUCUGGCUGAAGGUUGUUGGCUCCCAUCCCAUUAUAAGGACCUGGCUUGUGGGGUGAAAACAUGAGCACAAAUAUUCUUUUUCUCUGACUUGGGGCUCCAAAGUACAAUAAAUAGGACAUACUUAACUGUGUUCAGCAUCCUGUCACACUGUAUCAUAAACUCCUGUACAUUCUUUUAUGGAUGACUUGUAAACCUGUAAAUGUGAUGUGAGACUCCUCUAUUACUGUGUAAGGAUUUUCUUUUUUUCUUUUUCUUUUUUAAUUUGCAAAGUGUGGAUCCAUACCCUGUACCUCAGCAUCAAGUUUUCUAAAAUUCAUUACAAAAAAAAAAAAAAAAAAAAAAAAUCAAAACAAGAACUUCAAAAUGUUUUUCGAUAAGCUAUUUUUAAUUGUGGUUGAAGCAAUAGAAUUUUUUGGAUUAUGGAUUAUGCAUGGCUGUGUCUUGAGUGUAAAAAAAUUUGCAGUUUGGGAACUGGAACUAAAUAAAAAUUCAGAAAGUG